AUGUCAGUGGGAGUCAUCAUUGGCAUUGUUGUUGCUGCUGUGGUCCUUCUCCUGCUUCUGGGCGCCACUCUGCUUUACGUCCGGCGCAGGAAGGGCACUGGCAGCAGCCUGGCAGCCUCGCAUUGCACGGAUUUGUCAAUAGAAGAGGUCGUCAAGGCCACCAGUGACUGGUCCCAUGACCACCAGCUGAUCCAGCAGAUGGCCGACAAGAACCAUCCCAGCAUUGUGAGGCUUCUUGGGUUUGCGAUCGGAGGCGACUUGAGGUCACGGCCGGAGCAAGUUCUCAUCUAUGAAUACGUGCCCAAUGGCGACCUUCGCGAAUGGAUUGAUCCAAAUGCCGAGCGCCCGCUGACUCUGAAGCAGCGGCUGGACAUUCUCAUCGGCUUGGGACGGGGCUUGGAGUACCUCCACAGCUUUGGCAUCGUGCAUCGCGACAUCAAUCCUGGCAAUGUACUCAUCACCGACGACAUGCAGGCAAAGAUUGCAGACUUUGGGCUGGUGAGGAUGGAAAAGGGCACUUCUGUAAGCACGACGCGUGUCAUGGGCACACCGGGCUAUGUGGAUCCGGCCUACUUCAGCACAUGCAAGGCUACCACUGCCAGUGAUGUGUACAGCUUUGGAGUGCUCAUGCUGGUCGUGUUUACGGGACGCCCACCAUUCGUGGAGGCUGAUGGAGAGGGCCAGCUGAUCACAAAAUGGGCAUCCAACUGCCUCUCCUCGGAGGACUUGGGCAGCCUCAACCACCCCACCAUGGACGCCCCUGCAGACGCUGUGCUGCGCGUGGCACGGCUCGCCCUCUCCUGCACUGCAGAUCGCUCUGCAACCCGCCCAAGCAUGGCACACGUCGCCAACGAGCUGCAGGCCAUCCGGGAGGAGGUGGUGGGGAAAGAGGAGCUGAGCGCGGCUGUCAAGGUGGAUGCACAGGUCCAAGAAAAGGAGGUGGUUGCCAAUGUGUUAAGCUUUGACGAGCAGCUUCAGAUUAUUGAAGACAACUUGGCUGAAGGAUAA